CUGGUCCGAGAAACCCCAAAGGCUGGCGACAGGACCGGAUUCGGGAGCGCCUUUUGGGAUGCGGAAGGGCUGGCUUGGGGGCUCGGGCAAUACACCAGCUUCGCUCCUCCCCGGACAGGGCGGGAUUGGGAAGUCCCGCCCAGCAGGCCCCGGCCCGGGGCUGCCCUAAAGGCUGCUCCCGCCUCCUUCCUGCGACCGCGACCUUGGGAUAGAGUGUGGGUCCCAGGGGCAAGGGGAGGGAACGGGCAGAGGCAGGCGGGUCAUGCCCUGGUCGUCCCGCGCCGUUCUCCUUCGGGAUCUGAUCUUGGGCGUUUUGGGCACCGCUGCCUUCCUGCUCGACUUGGGCGCGGACCUGUGGGCCGCCGGCCAGUAUGCGCUCAGCGGCCGCUACCUGUGGGCCGCGCUGGUGCUGGCGCUGCUAGUCCUCGCAUCGGUGGCGCUGCAGCUCUUUAGCUGGGUCUGGCUGCGCGCAGACCCCGUUGGUCUGCACGAGUCGCAGCCUCCCGGCCGCUGCUUGGCGCUGCUGCACUUCCUGCAGCUGGGCUACCUGUACAGAUGCCUGCAGGGGCUGCAGCAGGGGCUGUUGGUGUGGCAGCAGGAGGAGCCUUCCGAGUUUGACCUGGCCUAUGCCGACUUCCUGUCCUUGGACAUCAGCAUGCUGCGGCUCUUUGAGACCUUCCUGGAAACGACGCCACAACUCACACUGGGGCUGGCCAUCGUGCUACAGAGUGGCAGCGCUGAGUAUUACCAGUGGCUUAGCAUCUGCACAUCCUUCUUGGGCAUCUCAUGGGCACUGCUGGACUACCACCAGGCCUUGCGCACCUGCCUUCCCUCCAAGCCCCUCCUGAGCCUGGGCUCCUCUGUCAUCUACUUCCUGUGGAACCUGCUACUACUGGGGCCCCGAGUCUUGGCGGUGGCCCUGUUCUCAGCCCUCUUCCCUCAUUAUGUGGCCCUGCACUUUCUGGGCCUGUGGCUGGUGCUGCUGCUCUGGAUCUGGCUUCAGGGCACAGACUUUAUGCCAGGCCCUACCUCUGAGUGGCUGUACCGGGCGACAGUGGCCACCAUCCUCUAUUUCUCCUGGUUUAAUGUAUCUGAGGGCCAUACCCGAGGCCGGGCCACCAUUCACUUGGCAUUCCUCCUAAGUGACAGUGUUUUGCUGGCGGUCACUUGGGUGACUCAUAGCACCUGGCUCCCAUUGCACAUGUGGCUUCCCUUGGGCGGUGUCUGCUUACUUUUAGGUCUGGCUCUGCGCCUUGUCUACUACCGCUGGCUCCACCCUAGCUGCCGCUGGGAGCCUGACCGGGUGGAUGGGGCCCGAAGUCUCUCUCCUUUGCCACACAGUCAGCUGCCUCAGAACAGGCGCAUGAUUCACUUGGCUCGGAACUUUUUCCCCAAGGCUAAGGAUCAGGCUGCUUUGUCAGGGAAGGGAGAGGUGAAUGGGGUCCUUUGAGGCAGGGUCAGACCAGCCUAGGGAGUUCACAGUGUAAUAGAAUGAGAAGGCCUGGGCCCUGGAGGGCCAAGGGUGCCAAUUAUUAUGUAGGAGACACUUUUCUCCUUUUCCCCAACCAGUAUAGCUGGUGUCCCAGAGCUUCCCAUAGCUGGUAUUUUCACCUUUCAAGUAAUUGGUGGAAGUGCCAUGCCACCCUUGUUUUCCUCAUCUUGCCUAGAAGGCCCCAGGACACCUAUGGGCUGGCUCUCUGGAAUUUUUCCCUGCACUACCCCAUUUGUUCAGUUCAUUCAACAAAUGUUUACUGAGAGCACUUUAUGUGCUGGGAACAUUUUUCUAACUGUGGAACCAGCUGCUGCUCUAUAGUUUCAUCCUCUGCCUGCUCCAGCCAAUCCUGAGUAGGCUCUCAAAGGCUGGUGGACCAACUCUGCACAGCCCCUGCCAGCACCUCCAGGGUCUUAGCACAGCUGUUUCAGCCUUGGCUCCUCCAGGGGCUGCUUUUUGCCCAAGUGCCUUGUGGGCCUGUGGUCUGGACCAUGCACAGCCCAUUGAGUAUUUUUAUUCUUUAACCAGUGUACCUCCUACCUCAGAGUUGAUGUGAGAGGAAGAGAAUGUAUAUAUAUACGUGUUGCUGCCAGUGAGGACACGUGUUAUUUUUGUUUAACAGUAUUAAUAUGUUAUUAUUAAAAACUUGUGCAAUCCUC